UCAUGGACAAAAUUCCCAUUAAUAAAAAUGAAGAUUCAGUCAGAUGACAAGAAUGAAUGUGAGAAGUAUGAUUUUACUACAACUGCUGAAUUAAGUGGCUCAGAAGAAGAGUUACCGAUGAAGAGGAGGCCAAAAAAAAAAAUUUAUCCCGACUACCAAAUUGAUGAACCAUCUGUCAAUGAAGACAGUAAAAAAGAAUCUUCUCCAGGUCUUAUGAUAAAGAGUACAGGUGAAAAGGCUACCAAGAAGAUUCGAACAUUUAUUCCUUGUGAAGAUGACUUUGUUCUUCCAACUCCUCCCAAAAUGAACAAUGCACAGUCUGGUAAAUAUGGCACAACUACCAACACAAUGAAAAGACGCAUCCCGCAUUCUGCAAAUACAAGAAAUGGGAAUCAAGCCAAGAAAAGACUAAGAAAAGAUGACUUUGUUCUUCCAACUCCUCCCAAAAUGACAGAUGCACAGUUAGAACCCAAAUGGACAUCCCCUCAAGACCUCAAUCCUUGGCACACAGUGGUAGCAGCAGUCCCUCUGAGUCUCUUUGUAAUGAUCGAAGAUCAUUCAGCCCUAGGCCUAACCAAGAGAGUCACUCCAGAUCCCUUUCCCAGAGGCAGCGUGGGGGUUCCUCAGGGUCUUUCACUCAUAGACAGAGAUCAUUCAGCCCUAGGCCUGGUCAAGAGAGUCAGUCCAGAUCCCUUUCCCAGAGGCGACGUAGGGGUUCCUCAGGGUCUUCCACUUAUAAACAGAGGUAUUUAA